AUGAAGCUGCAUGAGACGUCAACAGUAGAAUACCUGUUUCAACUAGGAUGCUAUAUUUCUCAAGUGUGGAUGCUGCAGACUUGUUUACAAGUUUGCUGUUGUUUUGCAGAAGUAAAAUACAUGGAGACAGGACUAAGAUCUUCACGAGUACAGAGAUUACCAGCAUAUCUCACAAUCCAAUUAGUCAGGUUUUUCUACAAAGAGAAAGAGCGUGUGAAUGCCAAGAUCCUGAAGGAUGUUAAGUUUCCUCUCAAGCUGAAUAUGUUUGAGUUUAAAGAAGGAAGUGAAAACAAGGAAUCCAAUGAGCCAAUAACGAUGGAAGUUGAUGAAGCAAAGAUUGAAUAUGAGCCUUACUCGUUUGAUGAUGAUGUUGGAUCAAACAACAGUGGCUAUUAUGAGCUCAACGCCAUUCUCGCACAUAAGGGACGUUCUUCGUCAUCGGGUCAUUAUGUAGCAUGGGUUCGAAGAUCAGGAGCCUACUGGAUCAUGUUUGAUGAUGAUAAAGUGUCACCCGUUCAUGAAGAGGAUGUUGUUAAGCUUUCUGGUGGAGGUGACUGGCAUAGUGCUUAUGUUCUACUUUAUGCUCCUAGAAGACUCAAAAGGUAUAGGCAAGACAUUACUGCAAUAAUAUAUGAAUAAUGAUUAUGGUAAACUGUGCCAUUAAAUUGUG